CAAGUUUAGGAUUUUAGCGCGGAAUUCAUCUGUUUAUUUAUAUGGUUAAGUAGUAUUUUCGCAUUAAACCGGACUUCGCCUCAUGUCGCAACCUAAUUCUAAUUCAUAAACUAAACAUCCAACUCAAAAUUGGAUUCCCAAUUCCUCACAUUAUUUUACAACCCUCUUUUUUCCCUGAUAAUUUGGUAGACAUUCUCAAGGUCACCCUGGCAUCGCUUAGACGCAGUUCAUCAAUUGUUUUCUGAUCGAGGAUUAUUUAUUCUACUAACUAAUGGGUCGUUCUCGUUCUUCAAAUUCACUCAAUGAAAAACAUAUAAAAAAUUAUCACACAACCACAACAACAAGAACUCAUAGUAGUCAUUCACAUCAUAAUAAAGAGGUGAGAAAAAAAUCCAUUCAUCGAAAUUCAUCCAAUCACCAUCAACGAAAAACUGAAAUUCAUCAACAUAUUACUAAAAAAGUUUACAAUAUGAUAAAUGAAGCGAAAAAACACAGUACUACUACUACCAGUACUCGUCAUCAUCAUCAUCAUCACGCAGGAAAGCAUAAAAAGUUACCACCAGCUUGUGGAUGUCCAUAUCAUUGUGAGCAAGAAAUUCAAUCGCUCCAUGAUAGUAUUGAAACACUUCGUGCAGGUUUAAAUGUUGCCUAUCAUAAAGAAAGACCAAUUUUCCAAUUAGAUCAUUUUAUUGAUGAUCAUUAUCAACUACUGUCGGAAGCAUGGAUUUCUAUUGGUCCAUCAAAAUUGAAAGAUUUAGUUUCAGCUAAUCUUUUAUCAAUAUGUUCACGACGUGAACGUAAAGAUAUGAUGAAACAAACAUCAUCAUCCUCAUCAUCCGGUAAAAAUGUUCGAGUAUCAUGUAUUAUCCAACCAUAUGUAUCAUUUAAUGAUGGAAAUGAUUAUCAGUUGGGUAUAUCAGAAUUAUGGCAUCGAUGUAUUCAAGAAUUAAAUGAUUUAUCAAUUGAUCAAAUUAAAACUAUUCUAAAUGGUACAGUAAAUUUAGAUCCGAUGGAAUUAGUUCGUCAAACUACUAGUACUACUACUAAUACUACUAGUAGUAGUAAUACAAAUGUGAAUGUCACUAUAGAAAAAGAGAAUUGUACUCAUUCUUCUCCAUCGAAAUUAAAUUUAUUAAAUGGAGAAAAACAUUCUGACAUGGAAAUACAUGAUGCUGAUUCAACUACUGCUUUGUGUUCUGUUCUUGAAAAUCAAUUCGACGCUCAGAAAACCAAUGAACAUUGUUGUUGUAUGAGUGGCAAUGAUGAUCAUGAUCAUGAUGAUAGUAAACUGCACACAAAUUCCCAAUCAUUGACAAAUUCGAAAGAAGAUAGAAUUGACGAGAAAUCUACCACCAAUGUAUCAGCAGGAACUUGUCGCAGCAUUUCAGAAUCAAGCGAUCUAGUCGAUUUAGUUCAUCAAGAAAUUACAGAACUUGAAAUGCGUGCACGUGCUAUACGUGCAAUGCUUAAAACCAAAUCAGAUCAAUUUAAGGCGUAAACAGGGAGAGAGAGAGAGCACGCGUGCGCGCACGCACGGAUUUAAUUAUCUCAUCAAUGAUCAACAGCUGUUUCACUUGUUAUGAUUAUUAUUAUUAUUGUCAUCUUUGUUAUCAAUGUGAAUCGACUUUACGUUUUUUGCGAUCAAGUUGCUGCGCAUUUCAAUCACUUUACUUACAAAUGUGAAUAUACAGGUGUACAUAUAUAUGCAUUAAUAGUGUAUAUCCCGGUUAUUUUUGUUAUCCGAUUGGAACUCAGAACACAAGAAAAAAAGACAAAACCAAUGAACUGUGUGUUUGAUCAACAAUAUUCUUUUUUUUUAGAAUUCAUCUUAU